UCGACGGGUAGGUGCGCUCUCCCGCUCCCACCACCCCUCCGCUACGCUACUCCACGCCCAGCAACGCCAGGAUAUAUAUAUACUGUACAGUUUGACGCCCACAGUGUUACAGAGGGGUGGAGAGAGAGAGGCGUCCCUUGGACCUGGCCGGGUCUCAUUACCACUCCUACUGCCCCACCCUCAACCCCGGCUCCCCCUCGACCACUGCUACUGCUCAACCUUAGUGUCGGAGUAGUGAACAAAAGGCGGAAGUUGGCUGUGGACGGGAGGAAGAGGUACACUACCGCCACAGGCAGCAGGAGCCAGCAGGAGCACCCGCAUAACCCUCCCCGCCACACGCUACAUCAUACAUCAUGGUUAUACACAUGCAAGGUACAGCAUGGAUGUCAAUCAUCUGGGUGAUGUUCCUUCUUAGCUGCUCAUGUGAGCCUACCACCGCCAAAGCAUUAGAGGACGACAAGAAGCCGUGGUUGAUGCUCCCAGUAUUGAAUGAGAAUAUGGGAGAAAGAGGAACAGGAUAUAUAAUCAAAAGUCAGGAUAUAAUUCAAGAGAACACUGUUGAUGAAAUGGGCAGCAAUGGGGUAAUAGGUAAAGAAGACAUAGACGAUGUACUAGGACGCUAUAAACGAGUAUUUCUCAGUCGUGGAUGGGGUCCUGGUGGCUAUGAAGCUCCCUCACCACCCCCACAGAGAUUUGUACGUCGCCCACCUGCAUUUCAACCACCAGGCACUAAGAUCCAAGAAAAUAGACCAACUCCAGGAAUAGGUGGUAAUGGCGGUGCCCGGUAUGCAGCCCUGGUGUCCCCACAACAGCUAGAACAAUCCCAGCAGAAACCCCAAUAUCGUCGGUUUCAUUCAAUUUUUACUUCAGGAACCUGGAGUCCACUAGGAAAGCGCAGUGAUGGUAUAAAUGAACAUAUUGCCUUCAAAAAUUCUAUUGAGAAAAAUAAAGGUAACAAUGGACAAGGUUGGCUGGGAUUCGUUCUCGAUGACAAAGGAAACCUGAUAGCAAGUGAUGAUAAGCGAAGUGGAGUCUUUGCCUCUUCCGGGUGGGGAGCCGGAGGGUCGUCUCCACCUUCCAAGCAUCCCUGGAUACCACAUUCAACAAACACCUUGAGUUCACCAAUCCUCCCAAGGGUUAUAAGCAUGACAGCUGAUGGAAGUAGCAGUGGUGGGGGCAGGCACAAGGCAAGCUUCCGGAGCAAUACACUCCAUCAAGAUGAUAAACCCCUUCUUCACCUUUUUGUUUCCCAUGGGUGGGGUCCCAUGGGAAGAUGAGGUGCUUCAUUUCUACACCCACUUGCCAUCAUAUAAAUUGUGAACUGCUCAGCAGGCCCUUUGUAUGUGACCAAGACAACCAAAUAGCUCCAAUACUUAAUUAGAAGAUCCUUCAGCUC